AUGGAGGUGGAUAACUGCUCAGUAGUGACAGAGUUCAUCCCACUGGGAAUCCCACACACAGAGGGGCUGGACACUAUACUUUUUGUGCUGUUCCUGCCCUUUCAUGCCUGCACUCUGCUGGGGAAUGUGUCCAUCCUUGUGGCUGUCGUUUCUUCUGCUCGCCUUCACAAACUGGGGAACUUGUUGGUACUUGAUAUUGGGUUCUCCUCUAUGACCUGUCCCAAAAUGCUGCUCUACCUCAUGGGUUGGAGCCAACUCAUCUCUUACAAAGACUGUGCCUCCCAGCUUUUAUUCUUCCACUUCCUUUGGGGUAUUGAGUGUUUCCUGCAUACUAUGAUGGCUUAUGACCACUUCACUGCCAUUUGCUACCUGCUGUGGUACACUGUCACCAUGAAUCCUCAAGUAUACCUGGCCCUGGCUAUGGGCACAUGGCUGUUAGGGUGCAUCCACUCCAGUGUCUUGAUGUCCCUCACCUUCACCUUGCCCUACUGUGGUCCCAUUGAAGUGGCUCACUUCUUCUGUGACAUCACAGCCCUCCUGUCCUUGGCCUGUGGUGACACGUCUUUGGCUCAGAGGGUGAGUUUCACCAUCGGCCUAGUGUCUCUCACCUGCUUCCUCCUGAUUCUCGUCUCCUACACUGGAAUCACGGUCUCCAUCUUGAGCGUCUGUAUAACCAAGGGCUGGUGCUGCACCUUCUCCACUUGCAGCACCCACCUUGCUGUCAUCCUCUGUGCCUAUGGGCCCAUCAUCACUGUCUACCUGCAGCCCAUACCCCGCCCCAUGCUGGGAACUGUAGUUCAGAUUCUGAUGGAUCUGGUUGGACCAAUGCUGAAUCCUGUGAUCUACACCCUGAGGACCAAGGAAGUGCAAACAGCCCUGAAAACAAUGCUGUGCAGGACAGCCCAGGUUCCUGACAGUUUGUAAGA